AUGGCCGUCACAAUUGAUCAAGGCCCGAUGGAUGGCCCUGAUAGGGUUGGUCCUGAUUACAGCCCCAAGAGGACGUUUGGCGAAAACCUCCGCGCCUUUGGAAAGGCUUUCACAACAAAGGAUGGGCUCAUUGGCCAGUAUGACUAUGGUUUCCUUUUCCGGCCAAACCUCCCGUUCAUGAAAAAGUCAACGAGAGCUGCUCCUUUCUUCGGACUCAAUGACCGAAUGCCAGUGUUCUUAGCUCUUUUGCUUGGCUUCCAGCAUGCACUUGCCAUGUUGGCUGGAAUCAUUACGCCACCUAUCAUCAUCGCUGGCGCGGCUAACUUCAGUCAAAAGACCACCCAGUAUCUGGUCUCUACCUCUUUGAUUGUUUGCGGCAUCCUCUCUGCGGUUCAAAUCACCCGCUUCCACAUAAUGAAAACUCCCUACUAUAUUGGUACCGGCUUGAUCUCCGUGGUGGGUACCUCAUUCGCCAUCAUCCCAAUCGCAACCAAAGGCCUAUCCCAGAUGUACGUCAAUGGCAUGUGUCCAACCGCAGCUGAUGGGACUAAGCUGCCAUGCCCUGAGGGUUAUGGUGCCAUUAUUGGUACGGCCGCUCUCUGUGCACUUCUAGAGAUAGGACUCUCAUUCAUGACCCCUUCAGUUUUGAAGAAGCUUUUCCCACCUAUUGUGACGGGUCCAACAGUGACUCUCAUUGGCAUCUCUUUAAUUGAGUCUGGCUUUUCGAACUGGGCCGGCGGAAGUGGGAACUGUAUGGGAAGACCGGAAACAGGCAAUUUUAUGCUGUGCCCUUCCAAUAGCGCACCUCAUGCCUUGCCUUGGGGAAGUGCUGAGUUUAUUGGGCUGGGUUUCUUGGUUUUCGUUACCAUCAUCCUUUGUGAGAGAUUUGGAGCACCAAUCAUGAAGUCUUUGAGCGUUGUUCUCGGUCUACUUGUUGGCUGUAUCGUCGCCGCCGCUUGUGGCUAUUUCUCCGACUCCGCAAUUGCAAGUGCGCCAGCAGUAAGCUUUAUAUGGGUGCAUACGUUUCCUCUUUCUGUCUAUGCGCCAUUUAUAUUACCUCUGAUGGCGGUUUACCUAAUUCUUAUGAUGGAAGCUAUUGGAGAUAUCACUGCCACCUGUGAUGUUUCCCGUCUCCAAGUAGACGGCAAGCUUUUCGACUCUCGCAUUCAAGGUGGUGUUCUAGCAGAUGGUCUCAAUGGUAUGCUUUCUUGUCUAUGCACCUCAACCCCUGUCUCCACUUUCGCCCAAAACAAUGGAGUUAUAGCCCUCACCCGAUGCGCAAAUAGAUCUGCCGGGUAUUGUGCUUGUCUGUUCCUCGUCAUCAUGGGAGUUUUCUCUAAAUUCGCCGCUUCUCUGACUUCAAUUCCAUCCUCAGUCCUUGGCGGUAUGACCACUUUCCUCUUUACCUCGGUAGCGGUUUCUGGUAUUCGAAUUAUUGCUACAGUACCUUUCACACGCCGAACACGUUUCGUGCUGACAGGUUCAAUGUCCAUCGGUCUCGGUGCCAUCUUGGUCCCAGAAUGGUUCGCGCACGUCUUUACGUACGCUGGCGAUAAUAAGGCAAAAGCAGGAUUCUUUGAUGCCAUCGCACUUGUCAUGGAGACCGGUUUUGCUGUCACAGCAUUCCUGGCUGUGGUCCUGAACUUGAUCAUUCCAGAUGAGAUUGAAGAGGAGACUGCGGAAAGUUUGGCUGGCGAUAUCGCAGAGGAGCGAGCAGACAUUGAACAUGAUAAGGACAAUGCCUGGAAAGGGGCUGGCAUUCAAGGUGAUAGUCAAGCCGUCAGAACGAAUGCUAGUGGGAGCGUUGACGAGGAGCUUAAAGCUUAA